GGUGCUACACUUCUGCACAAGGGCGACCGCACAGACGUCUAUCGAGCCACUCUGGAGACGCCUCCACAGCCCGGUGGGAAGACAGACGUCGUCUACAAGGCCCGCGUACGGCGGUGCCGUCGUCAAACUCCGGAACGAGGCCGAAGCGUAUCGCAAGAUGAGCAGAUUGCAAGGGAUACGAAUUCCGCUGUGUUAUGGAUACUUUGUGGUUGGGCCUAUGGAGUGUCUUGUACUUGAUUAUUGUGGGGAGCCGCUCUCUGUGCCCUUUGCGGAUCUGGAAUGGAAGAUCAAGGGUGAGGUCAUGCAAGGAUUUUGGUCUAUUCAUCACUCUGGUGUACAGCACAAAGACCCCUCAGAACGCAACGUCCUACAAGAUUCCACCAACAAAAUCUUCAUCAUCGACUUUGAGCAUUCGUCGACGUCGCACGACUGCAAGGGCGCAUGUCCAAAAGUAAGCGCGAUCGCACCGGAAGCACCUGAUUAUGGCUGCGCCGAGCUGUGGAACGUAUUCACGGAGCUGGGGAUUUGGAUGCCAUGUGCGUCUUUCUUUUGUGUGUUUUUAUCCCGUGUGCUUUUUGGUCUAGGAGUCAGUCAUGGAGGUUGUUAA